GGCACCGGGAGGCCCAGGCCAGGGUUUUGAAUCGUCCCUGUCUGGGGACACCCUGCUGGUAUUUGUGGGGGCUUAGGUCAGGCUGGUCGGGUCAUCCCUGUCACCUGAGGAUCAUAUCUCAGGAAGACAGCCAUGACACCUUGGCCACAGGCUGGGGCUGGGGCCGACAGCCACUGGGUUCUUCUGGCCACUGCUCCCUUGGGCAAGCUGUGAGGAAGGAUACUGGGCCUGGGGGGACUCCGUCCUGGGUCUGUAAGGUGUAGGGAGGCCACCGAGCCUGGUGAGGGGGGAAGUGCCUGGCAGGGAGUGGGGCUCAGCAUAGGGAACUGGCUCUGUGCUGCUCCCCGACAGACCAGACAUGGGCACAGGGACCCUCCCCUGGCCACCUCCCUGUCUCCCCUCCAAGAGUUGUGGGUAGAAAAUUCUAGGUCACUACCUACUAAUCGUCUCAGAAUGGCCAUUAGAUCCUUUGAGAAUCAUUUAAAAAACUUGCCCAGAUUUAAAAAAAAAGUGAAUCAUGUGAAAGGUAGGGUAGUUAUUAAUGGCAGAAAAUAUUGAAGCUUUAUUUUUGCUUAUUUUCCUUGUUAUUUUAUGAGUCCGGACAACCUUGGAUGUUUUCUGACCCCUUGGUCUGCAGGGCUUCUGGCUGGGUGGGCCCCAGGUGGGUUGGGGGGGCGGCUGCUCAGAAAGUGCUCUGUGCUCAACAGGCCGGCGACUUCACCAACCACAAUGGCACCGGGGGCAAGUCCAUCUAUGGAAGCCGCUUUCCUGAUGAGAACUUCACACUGAAGCACGUGGGACCAGGUGUCCUGUCCAUGGCAAAUGCAGGCCCCAACACCAACGGCUCCCAGUUCUUCAUCUGCACCAUAAAGACAGACUGGUUGGAUGGCAAGCAUGUCGUGUUUGGCCAUGUCAAAGAAGGCAUGGAUGUCGUGAAGAAAAUCGAAUCUUUCGGUUCCAGGAGUGGGAAGACGUCCAGGAAGAUCGUCAUUACAGACUGUGGCCAGUUGAGCUAAUGGGCCUCGGCCACAGGGCGCUAGGCCGGUAGUGGCCGCCCGUGUGUUGACACACCAAGGCGGCCAUGUCGGACGCCAGCAAUGGUGCCCCGUCCGGUUGCCUGUGCUCAUACCACCAUCACUGUGUGCUGGAGGAAGGAGGAAGGCCUCUGCAGAACGUCUGGUCUCCACCGGGCCUGCCACACUGCUUCCCCAGUGUCCGCCCUCCCUCACCGCCCCAUUUCUGGGAUGAGUAUCACGGACGUGAUGUCACCACUCCUCAUCAGGCCUUCUCUGUGAUCCCCCAGCCCAAGUUCACCCGUGCCUUGGACUUCGGGGGGUGGUGAUGGCUUAGCGUCGGGGACAGGUUUCUGCCUUUUCCUCAGCUGCGGGGGGAAAGCCAGCCGCUGCAAAAGGGCCAUUAUAUCUGUGUAAUGACCCCUUCUAAUUGGAAUAUUUGAUUAACAAGAUUGCCGAGAGAUGAAGCUGUGACACUUAACUACUCCGUGCCGUGGCAGGACCCCAGUUGGUGGCCGAAGCCACAGAACCCCAGAGCUUGGCCUUUGGAACGUAGUCGGGGCUUUUGUGCAGGGUCCUAGGCCACGGCAUUUACCCCUGGCCACUGUGAAUCCUGUUGGUUUGCUGCUGGGGUUUUUGAGGAAGAGUCCAUGGGGGUAGAAGCAGACGAACCUGGGAACAAACCCACUGCGUACUGUGCCUAGUCCAUGAAUUGGUGAAAAAUGGAAAUGGCCCGAACGUGCUCUUGCAGAAAGUAAACAUGUCUUUUCUGGAGGGCUUUGAUUUUUCUGCGUUUAAUAAAUCUACUGAUUUUGUAUAUAAUACACUUGUGGGACGUUUAUUUGUGUUCACUUGAAAUGUGAAAAUAAAUCCUAUUUCCUAUGGAA